AUGCCUGCCUCGGAUCACGGCAGCGAGACCGAAUGUCUCCCCUACACGGCCCCCGACGGCACCAUCCCCGGCAAGACGACGCUGGGCCGUGCCGAGGAGCUUGACGACCUGCUCUCGGCGGUGCGGGAUCUGAUUGUGCCGUACGUCAAGGCGGCUGACGACAAUGCGGCCAAGAAGCACACGGGCCGGCUGCCCCGCGAUGCCGCCGACCGGCCGUACAACGUGCUGGUCGAGCCGCUGCCGCCGCGGGAACUUGUCGAGCGCAUGAACUUUUCGCUGCCAGUUGGCGAGGGCUCUGGCCGAGAUGGCCUGCUGGACACGAUCCAGGACCUGCUCAAGUAUAGCGUCAACACGUGGGACCAGGGCUGGAUGGACAAGUUGACGGCCAGCACGAACCCGGUCGGCGUCGUUUCCGAGAUGGUGCUCGGCGUGCUCAACACCAACGUCCAUGUGUACCACGUCUCACCUGCCUUGACGGUGGUCGAGAAGGCGACGGGUCGCGCGCUGGCGGGAUACUUUGGAUUUGAUGGCCCGCACGCGGGCGGCGUGACGUGCCAGGGCGGCAGUGCCUCGAACCUGACGUCGCUCGUCAUUGCGCGUAACGCUCUGUACCCGGACACGCGCGAUAACGGUAGCGAGGGCUACAAGUUUGUCAUCUUCACGAGUGAGGCAAGCCACUACUCGAUCGAGAAGGCGGCCGUAGCGUGCGGCAUGGGUGCGGCGAGCUGCAUCGGCGUCCCGACAGACGCGCGUGGCCGGAUGCGCGUCGACGCGCUGGAGCAGCUGGUGGUGGACGCCAAGGCCCGUGGGUGCACGCCACUGUAUGUCAACGCGACGGCGGGCACGACCGUCAUGGGCGCGUACGACCCGAUCCGCGACAUCAAGGCCGUCUGCGACAGACACGGCCUCUGGCUGCACGUCGACGGCGCCUGGGGCGGCUCCGUCGCCUUCUCCCGCUCGCACCGACACAAGCUUGACGGCUCGGCGCUCGCCGACUCGCUGACAAUUAACCCGCAAAAGAUGCUCAAUGUGCCGAUGACAUGCUCCUUCCUGCUGACCAACGACCUGCGGCGCUUCCACGCGGCCAACUCGCUGCGCGCGGGCUAUCUCUUCCACGACCCCGAGGGCGAGGAGGUCUGGGAUCUCGCGGACCUCACCAUGCAGUGCGGCCGCCGCGCAGACAGCCUGAAGCUGGCGCUCGCGUGGAUCUACUACGGCGCGGCGGGCUUCGAGCGCGGCGUGGACCACGCGUUUGCCAUGGCGGCUCACCUGGCGGACCUGGUGGACAAGUCGCCGGACUUUUUGCUCGUCUCGGAGCGGCCGACGCCGUGCCUGCAGAUCUGCUUCUACUACGCGCCGGGCGGGCGGCUGGCGGAGGACCCGGCGGAGAACACGCGCCGCACGCGGGCGAUGGCGGAGCGGAUGGUGGCGAGGGGCUUCAUGUUUGACUACGCGCCCGGACCGAAGGGGCAUUUCUUCCGUGUGGUGGCCAACUGCCAGACGCAGGUCGGCACGAUGGAUGGCAUCUUCCGCGGGCUGUCCGAGGUGGGCAAGGAGGCUGUCUCGGAGUAG